AUGCUGUAUGGCGAGGAGGCCUUCUGCAUUGUAUGCAGGGUCCUCCAGGGAUGCAUUGCAGAUGACCAUAUGUCUGAUGAGUGCAGCUUGCUUGAGCAGGAUGUCGGCAGUGGCGUCAAGCUGAAGGGGGCGUUGCGGAAGGUGCUUGAGGUGAUGAAGGAUAAGUUGGUCAAGAUGCCGAAUGCGACCUGUUGGAAGUGCUGCAGGCCCCAACCAGGGCCGGGUGCUGAGGAUCCUCUGCCUCGGUACAUAUGCAGGGGAAUGGUGCGUGGCGCCUUUGUCUGUCGGAGUCCUGGUACGGAGUAUCACGACUGGAGCCGAGACUACAGGGGGGCGGACGGGGCGGGGAGGUACCCGUCACUGGGCGUUGCUUUUUGUCUGUUGCUGUUGCUGCAGGAUCGGAAGCGGACUGCUGGCGUGCUGCGUAUGCUAGGUGCCCCGACGUCCUUUGUCGCCUGCUUUGACGUGGGCGGUGAGGCGGCGGCGGCGGCGGCAGGGCAGACUGGUCAGUCUCUGGACUGGUGGCAGGACCCGUCUCAGCUGCGCGACGUCGUUAGGGCUCGGGUCAGGAGCAGGGAGGGCAACGAGUGGAAGGAGCUUCUUCAAUGCAAGGGUCUAUGUACGCGGUGCAACUGCGAGCUUGCGCUAUUUGUCCUCUUUGUUGCGCACAGCCUCGGCUUGAGGGCGCGCGAUGGGAACAGGGCGCGACGAUGGGAGGAUGUGGUGGCAGUGAGAAACAGCUCUCCUUCGUUGUCUAGCCAGAUGCAUUAA